AUGUCAUUGUUUGGCAACUGCCAAAAAGAAAAGAAAGGAGAAAAAAAAACCCAUCAUCGAGGUAUUCCGCUGACAGGAGCCGGUGCCGUGGCAGUCCCGACCGGAGCGAUCCCACCCGCACGCUUUACAAUGGGAAACCUGCUGCUCUCCUCGGGUCUUUUCAGGACUGCAGCCAUGCCUGAACAAUUCGGUGAAGGGAAGAUCAUAGCCAGGAGGAUCAGCAGUGGCAUAACAUAUUACUGCGCUCCGUUCUCAGGGGCAGGGACCCACUCAUCGUGUUUUGCCAAAGACUCUGGAACAUCCACAGAUCCCCUUCCCAUUUCAGCUCCUUUACCCUCAUCUGAGCCCUGCAGCAACCCUUCCUCCUCCUCCUCCUCUUCCUCUGCCAAUCCCUCCUCCUCUCCAUUGCUUUCAGAUUCACCUUCACACACAUCAGAUUCUUCCUCCGCUUCUCGUCCCCUUCUUCUUUUCUUCUCAUGGCUCGGUGCCCAACCAAGCGCGGUGGCCAAGUACAGGAACCUUUACCUGGACCGUGGCAUGGAUGUCCUUGUGGUGCAGAGCAAUGUUAUGCACUUCCUGUGGCCUCGAUGGGGGCUCAACUACGGGUUGGAAGUUUUGAAGGUUCUGGAGGAGCCUCAGUUCUCGGGGAGGUCGGUGCUGGUUCAUGCCUCCUCCAUCGGUGGCUACACUUUCAGCCAGAUACUCACCCACAUCGCCCAGGGACAGACACGAUACGCAGGCCUGUCCCGUAGGGUGAUAGGGCAUAUCUAUGACAGCUUGGUGGUCGGCACUCUGGAGCACAUGGCGAUAGGCCUUGGCAAGACUCUGGUGCCACGUUUUGAGGGCCUCGUCAAAAACGGCGCCAUGCUUUACUUCUGGCUCUUCAAAACCCACACAGCAGACUUCUACGACAGCAGCAUCCAGAUAUUCCACAGCAGCCCAAUUACUGCUCCAGCACUCUUCUUCUCCAGUGAAAACGAUCCACUGUGCGACCAAGCUGUCAUGGAAAAGUGUAUUGACCACUGGAGGAAGCGGGGUGUGACCGUGGAGAGCAGGAAGUGGAAGGAGUCGAUUCACGCGGCCCACAUGCGAUGCCACCCAGAAGACUACCUCUCUACCCUGGAUAAAUUCUUAAACUCAGUGGCCAUUUCUCUCUGAAAGCAAAAACGCAAACUGUUGAGGGUGGGGUAAAAGAUUAGUCUGACUGAAUUUUAAAAUUUUAAACCGUAAAAAGAGAAAUGUAAAGAGAAUGCGCUUUGAGUAUUUUAUCUUGUAGCUUUGGCAUUAUUAAGUGUAAUUUAACAGACAUUGCAUUUUUCUCUCCUUUUAAAGCACUCUUAGUUGUUUGUUUGACUUUGUUGUUAAGGUUAAAUUUUAAGUGGUAUGCAAUAUUUAAUGAAUUACUGUGGAGGUUAUGUUCUGUGAUGCUUGUUUUGCACAGGAACUGUUGUUUCGCUUGAUCAGAUAUCUGGUUUCUGCACAUUAUGUGAAAUAAAACAGUUCAUAACAGCA